UUACUAAACCAAAAUGAAGUAUACUCAAUUUUUUGUUCAAGCUUUUGCUUUCCUUGCGUUAACCAAAAUUUGUUAUUCCGCUGAAGUAUCGAGACCCGAAUAUUUAUCAAUUGAAGGAUUUCAAAAUUGUACUGGGAGCAAGACGAUUGGCACGUACCAAAUUUAUUGUCUCCCUGAGAUACAGAAUGGAUCUUGUGCUAACUCUUCUUGGGAGGCGCUUCAUAAACUAAAUAGCAAUGAUUCAUUACAACCAUGCGAAGACAAUGGAACUACUAUUAGUUAUGACGAUACAACUACUAUAGACGCUAACACAGACAAUGGAAAUGAAGACAAAGACUGUAACAAUGAAGAUGAUAAUAAAAAGGAAAAGAAUGGUGUUAAAGAAUUCAAAAAAUUGUUGAAAAAACUUGGUGGACUUCUCAGCAAGCUUGGCCAUCUUUUGGGAGUUAGUUCAAAGGAUAAUGUAGGGGAAGAUUCGUAAAUUUACACGAAGUUUAUUGGAAGAAAAUUUUUUUAUAUUUUUUAAACAUUUUGGGAAAACCUACCUCCAUUGAAAAUGGAAUAUACCUUUUAAAAUAACUAUUGUAACUCCUAUAGUGACAAGAUUAAUUUCGAGUAAUAUCGAAUAUACUGUUAUAAUCCACUAACCAAAGGAUGACUCAACCCCGAUCCGAAAAAUUUUCCUGAACCCGAUCUGACUUCUUUCCCUCUUAAUCCCCUAACUUGCCUGACCCGAAAUCCAUCACGCGACCCGAACUUUUUCGACCCUAAACCCGAUCUGGCUUUUUUCUCAACCCUUGGCAACCUUAGCAAAUCCUGUCACUAUAAUAAUGAGUUAAUUUUAGGGAAAAUCUGGUAUGUAUUCUAAUAUUAUAAAUAUAACACAAAAAUAUUAUUAUAAUUACAGUCGGAUCCCAGUUAGUAUGAGUAAUAUUUAAUAUUAUUUUAACUAUACGAUUUUACACCCAAAGGGCAUAUACAUAUGUGGAGUCCGACUGUAGUAAAUACGAUAGAUUAAUAAAAUGUCAUGCUUAAAGUGCAGAUUUAUUAAAGCAUAUGCAACUUUAUUGAAUAAAUAAAUAUCGUAUAUUUC